AUGAAUUCCAUAUCUCAGUCAUCAUCAUCUGCAACUCCAGUUAAUCUCACUGAGAUGGUGUAUUCUCUAUUUGAAGCUUACAGCCUUACAGGUCAUCAUGCAAGGAUUGAACACGUUUUCAUCAAGCUGGAUACUCUCUUUCAGCAGGUGAUUGACGAUCAUCUUAAAGCUUGGAGGACAGAAGAGAAGGAAGACAUUAUCGACGGGAGGCAUCAAACUGAAUCAAGUGCAACACAGCUCACAAAAGAUAAUAUUGAGGCAGUCAUUCUGAUGGUUUUGCCUGAUAUCUCACUUGCAUAA